AUGAACGGCGACGCCUACCUCUCCUUUCUGAACGAAAAGUUGAAAGACAGUCUGGCCGCUUGGGGAAACGACCCAAACAUGAUUUUCAUGCAGGACAACGUGCCCUGUCACAAGCAGAAGGACGUGAUGAAAUGGUUCAAAAACCAGAACCUCACCCUCUUGGAGUGGCCUGCGAACUCCCCCGACCUCAACCCCAUCGAGCAUGCGUGGAACAUGGUCAAGAACGCUGUGUACAAGCAGCGAGAGAUCACAAACCAAGAUAUGCUCUGGGAGCGCUUCCAAGAGGUCUACCACAAGGUCCUCACCGUCGAGGUCUGCACCUCGCUCAUUUCAUCCAUGCCGCGCCGCAUCAAAGCAGUUUUGGAUGCCCAAGGUGGUUAA